CCUUAACAUGACAGACGUCAGAUAUACCAAAUAAGUUUUAAAAAUAAACACACCAAAAUGAUAAAUUUAUCUAGAUAUUGCCGUUCUUCAUCAUUAAUUCCUACAGCAAAACAGUUGUUUAAAGUUAAUACCAAUAGCCUAGCGAGAAAUGGCCAACAUAGAUUGUAUAACAAAUCUUUUUUAAAACCCCAACCUUUUUCUAGAAACAUGCUUUUAUCUAGUUUCUUACGAGGAAGUGGAACAAUUGCAGUUAAAUUGAGUUCAAGUGUUUCAAAAGGUCAAAGAGCUGUGGGUUACUGGCUAUUGACAUGCAGUGGAAUGGUCUUUGUAGCUGUUGUGUUAGGUGGUGUUACACGACUCACAGAAUCAGGACUGUCAAUGGUUACGUGGAAAUUAUUAGGUGAAAAAAUGCCAAGAACUGAAAUAGAAUGGCAAGACGAGUUUGAGAGGUACAAGCAGUAUCCAGAAUUUAAAAUAAAAAACAAAGAAAUGACAUUGAAGGAGUUUAAAUUUAUUUGGUUUAUGGAGUAUACGCAUAGACAGUGGGGUAGAGCCAUAGGAGCAAUGUUUUUAAUCCCAGCAGCUUAUUUUUGGACACGGGGCAGACUCACUCCCGGCAUGAAAAAAAGGAUUUUGGCAUUUGGAACUUUAAUUGGAGCACAGGGUCUAAUGGGUUGGUAUAUGGUUAAAUCAGGUCUAGAAGAUCGUUUCCAUGGAGAGAGUGAUGUACCGAGAGUAUCACAGUAUAGACUUGCGUCUCAUCUUAGUUUGGCAUUUAUUCUUUAUACAUUGUUCCUUUGGUCUGCUUUAGAUAUAUUAUCACCAGCUAAACCAAUUGUCAUCGUAAGUCAAAGAAUAUUGAAAAAGUCCAGGAGGUUUAGGAUGCUAGCACAUACAGCUAAAGGCCUGGUAUUUCUAACGGCUGUGUCAGGCGCCUUUGUUGCUGGUUUAGAUGCCGGAUUAGUUUACAAUUCGUUUCCCAAAAUGGCCGACAGGUGGAUUCCCUCUGACAUAAUGGCGUUCAGUCCGAAACUUACAAAUUUCACUGAAAACCCAACAACUGUACAGUUCGAUCAUAGACUACUAGGAACAACUACGUUAGGUGUUAUAACAGCACUCUGGUACUUGUCGAAGAAAAGAGUAUUACCACCAAAGGCUUACACCGCAGCAACUGUAUUAGGGCUACUAGCUUACCUUCAAGUUACCUUAGGUAUUACUACGUUAUUAACUUACGUACCAACUAGUAUAGCGGCCUCACACCAAACGGGAUCACUAGCCGUGCUUUCAGCAGCAGUUUGGCUAACUCAUGAAUUAAAGAGAUUGCCGAAAUAGAUUUUUAAGAAAAAAUGUAUUUUUUGUAAAUAAACGUUUUUUUAUUACUAAUAAAGUACAAAUUUUAAAUAA